AUGAAUCCGGCGGAAUUCACCGACAAGACGAACGAGUACCUGCGCAACGCCCACGACUUGGCCGAAGAACUGGGCCACGCGCAGCUCACGCCGUUGCACGUGGCCCACGCGCUGUUUGACGACAAGAACGGCACGGCCAAGCGCGUGGCCGACCUGGUGCACGGCAACGGCAGUGGCUUCCAACAGGACGUGAUGGCGCAGCUCAAGAAGCUGCCGACGCAGUCGCCUGCGCCCGAUUCAAUUGGCGCGGACUCGGCGCUCAUGAAGCUGUUCAAGUACGCGCACAAGAUGCGCAAAGACCUCAAGGACUCGCACUUGGCGGCGGACCACCUCGUGAUGGCGCUGUACAACAACUCGCAAGUCGCGAGUCUGCUCAAGAGCAACCAGAUGGACGAGAACCAGGUCAAGGACGCGGUGCAGAAGAUGCGGGGCGGACGGCCCGUCACGAGCGCGGCGGCCGAGGAGAACUACGACGCGCUCAACAAGUACGGCCAGGACCUGGUCAAGCUGGCCGAGGCCGGCAAGAUUGACCCGGUGAUUGGACGCGACGAGGAGAUCCGCCGGGUCAUUCGCAUCUUGUCGCGACGGACGAAGAACAACCCCGUGCUGAUUGGCGAGCCGGGUGUCGGGAAAACGGCGAUCGUCGAAGGGCUGGCACGACGGAUCGUUGUUGGCGACGUGCCCGAGUCGCUGAACUGCAGACUCAUUAGCCUUGACAUGGGCGCGCUGAUUGCUGGGGCCAAGUACCGCGGGGAGUUUGAAGAGCGUCUGAAGGCCGUGCUGAAGGAAGUGAAGGACAGUGACGGCAAGAUUAUCUUGUUCAUUGACGAGAUGCACCUCAUCCUCGGGGCUGGUCAAACGUCCGGUGCAAUGGACGCUGCGAACCUGCUGAAGCCUAUGUUGGCACGAGGCGAGCUGCGGUGCAUUGGUGCAACGACGUUGGACGAGUACCGCGAGCACGUGGAGAAGGACAAGGCUUUUGAACGGCGGUUCCAACAGGUGCAGGUGAGUGAGCCGUCUGUCACGGACACGGUAAGCAUUCUGCGAGGUGUGAAGGAGCGCUACGAAGCGCACCAUGGUGUCCAGAUCAUGGAUGCAGCUCUCGUGGCUGCUGCUAAGCUCGCCGACCGCUACAUCAAGGAACGAUUCAUGCCAGACAAAGCGAUCGAUAUCGUUGAUGAAGCGUGCGCGAACGUACGUGUCCAGCUGGACAGUCAGCCCGAAGUCAUUGAUGAACUCGAGCGCCGGCAGCUGCAGUUACAAGUUGAGGCUACUGCUCUUGAAAAGGAGAAGGACGAGAUGAGCAAGCAGCGUUUGAAAAAGGUGCAAGAAGAGUUGAACAAGAUCCAGGACGAGCUCAGUCCGUUGAUCCUGCGCCACGAGGCGGAAAAGGCUCGCGUGAAUGAAAUCCGACAGCUCCGCGACAAGCUCCAGAACUUGCAGCUGAAGGCAGAGCAGGCCGAACGCAACCAGGACCUGCAGACCGCCUCUGAUCUGCAGUACUACGCCAUCCCCGACGUCAGACGCCGUAUUGCAGCAGCAGAGGAAGCAAAGAUGCGCGAAGACGAAGACGAGACACAGCACAAGAUGGUCGAAGAAGUUGUGCGCGACGACCAGAUUUGUGAAGUAGUGGCUCGUUGGACGGGCAUCCCAGUGUCCCGCCUGACGUCAAGCAUGGGCGACCGUUUGAUGCACUUGGAAGAGCGCAUCCACGAGCGUGUGGUAGGCCAAGAAGAGGCAGUAAAGGCCGUGUGUGACGCUGUGCUGCGAUCGCGGGCUGGACUUGCGCGCACGGGACAGCCAACUGGUAGCUUCCUCUUCCUCGGCCCUACCGGUGUUGGCAAGACGGAGCUCGCAAAGGCACUUGCGAACGAGCUUUUCGACGAUGACAAGCACAUGGUGCGCAUCGACAUGAGCGAGUACAUGGAGGAGCACACAGUCUCGCGACUGAUUGGGUCCCCACCCGGCUACGUCGGCUUCAGUGAAGGUGGUCAGCUGACAGAGGCCGUGCGCCGCAACCCGUACAACGUGGUCCUGAUGGACGAGAUCGAGAAGGCGCACCCCAAGGUGCUCAACAUUCUGCUGCAAGUGCUGGACGAUGGUCGAUUGACGGACACGCACGGACGCACCGUUGACUUUGCGAACACAGUGAUUAUCAUGACGUCCAACAUUGGUGCAGAGCAUCUGCUGUUUGAACCGGACCUGUCGCCGCGCGCGAACAAGAAGUUCAAGACCGAGGGCGACUUUGUCGAUGCUGAGAGCCACAGGAAGCAGGAGUUUGCAAAGCAGCGCAAGCUCGUGCUUCAGCAAUUGCGGCACACGAUUCGACCGGAGCUGCUGAACCGGCUGGACGAUAUUGUGGUGUUUGAGCCGCUGGGCCGCAAGGAGCUGCGUCAGAUCGUGUUGCUGCAGUUCGACUCGGUCAUUAGGCGGCUGAAGGAAGCCCAGAUCGCGGUGAACGUGACGACAGCCGCGCUGGAUGUGAUCCUGGACGAGGCGUACGAUCCGCAGUACGGUGCACGCCCGAUCAAGCGGUACAUUGAGAAGCACGUCGUGACGGACCUGAGCAAGCUCAUUAUUUCCGGCCAGCUUCAUGCCAAGACCCAAGUGGACGUUACCGAGAGCAGUGGUAAGCUAUCGUUCACCGUCUCGCAGGCCAUGGACACUGACGUUGACAUGGCUCUAUGA